AUGGAUGAACAGAAACAUCACGUUAUUUUGUCUCAGCGUGCUGUCACAACUGAUGGUACAGUGACCCAAAAAUCAAAUCGUUUUGUUGUUUUUGAAACUAUUGAUGAGUUCGAUGAAGAAGUUGAGGAGGUUUAUUCAGAGGAAGCCUUGAUUAAACAGGUUACAGUUGGGAUUGCGUCAGUCAAUCUGGGUGUUGAGGAGGAAACACGGAGUUCUCCGAUUGAUCCAGAUGGAAAAUUACUAAUCCAGAAUGAUGCCCAAGUGGAUUAUCAACGAGAGGAAAACUCAGUUGAUGGUAAACCUAUUGAACGUCAACUUCGGUCAGAGGGGGAAAUAGAUGAUGCACUGGUUGAACAAUCGGAGCCAGGAGAAUUAACAAUAAAAGGAAAACGUGGGAGGAAAACGAAUGCAGAAAGGCAUAGAAAGUCAAUCCUCGCAAAGGCAGCUGAAGUUUUGAAAGGAUUGUAUCGGUUGUCUUUUUUAAUUAUUCUUGAGCCUAUGUUGCCAAUUCAUAAAUGGGAUGAGAUUCGUAGAGAAUUGGCUUUCGAUAGAGGUUUUUCCUCUCGCACAAGUAAAAUUUGGGUCUUCUUCCAGGAUGAUUUUGCUGUUUUAGUUCUUGAGGAUCACGAGCAAGUGCUCCACAUGGAAAUCCAUUGCAGAUCAUUUCCAGAGACUUUCUAUGUCUCGGCUGUUUAUGCAAAAUCCACUAGACAGGCGCGGGAAUUUCUAUGGACAAAUCUGGUGGCAUUUAGGGAUCGGCAUGCAAGUGUCCCUCGUAUGGUUGUCGGCGAUUUCAACCUUUCGUCGGUUGGUGUGGAGUUUACAUGGGGUGGCACGAGGCAGACGGGUUGGAUUAGCAAAAAGCUUGAUACGGUUUUAUUAUCCAGUGAAUGGGGGAAUUGUUUUCGGCGCUCUGGCUUUUUAGAGGUAGUUCGUGUAUGUUGGGAGGAGCCAGUUGCUGUAUAUGGCAUGUUAGCAUUUUCGUGGAAGCUGAGGCAACUGAAAAGGGUUUUGAAAGAGUGGAAUAAGCCUAUUUUUGGGAAUGUUUUUGACAGUCUUAAAAAAGAAGAUGUGAAAGUUCAAACCCUUGAAGGUGUUUAUGAUUGGGAUCCGUCAGAGGAUAGUCGGGUUAAGCUCCACGAGGUGAAAGCGUGGAAGUUUCACAACGAGGUCUUAUUUGAGGGUGUGGUUGUUUCGGAUCAUGUGCUAGUUCGCAAGAUUACAAAUGAUGUCUCUGAUAUUUUACGUGUACAUGUGAUGCCAAGUAAAUUAAUAGAGGAGUUGGAGUUUUUGGAAAGGCAUUUUCAUGUACGGAAUGGUAGGGUUUUGAAAAGAAAUUACAUCCCUGUAUGUUGGAAGCCGCCAUUGGAAGGAUCCAUUAUCUUGAACAGGGAUGGUUCUUCAAGAGAUCAUGGUGCUGGCUAUGGGUUCUUAAUUCGUGGAGGAGGAGGUAUCUUUGUUUAUGGUGAGUUGGGUUUUUUGGGUGAUGUUGAUAGCUUUGAAGCAGAAAUUGCUGGUUUACUAUUUCUUUUAAGGAAAAGUGAACUUUUGAGUUUGCAUCCGGUUCUGGUCCAGACUGACAAUAAGGUACUAAUGGAGCUAUUGAAGAUGCGUCGAGAUUCUCCUUGGCAGCACAUCUCAUCUCUUUCUGCAAUUCUGGCAAUAUUGGAUAGGCCGUUUUAUUCUAUAGAGUAUCUUUAUCGUGAAGCUAAUGCGGUUGCAAACAAUUUGGCAAUGAGAGCUUCUGAUUGUUUAUGUCAAGUUUUCACAUCUCUGAAAGAUCUACCAAUUGACACUAAGGGGUUAGUGAUCCUUGAUCAACGGUCUUUUCCAUAUGUUCAUUUUAGAAAAACAUAG